GUGUUAGAAGAAUCAACCCAUGUGGUAUGUCUAUGAUUAUUAUAUUGAAACCUGUUCUACAUAUACAUAAUUCUUUCUAUUAUUAGUCAGUCGAUAAUUACCAAUAUAAAUGGAUUCUUAAAAGGAUUUGGUUGUAUUAUACUCAUAAAAAGUGUCAAUUUGAUACAUUUAGAUUAAUAUAACUGUAUAAUAGACUAAUAUAUCAUUAUUAAAUGUAUGCUUAAUUAAAUAAAAAUCUAUUACAUAUUCAAAAAGGUAAAAGUAUAUUUGAUGUAUAAAAUUAUAUUGAAAAUGUAGAAAGACACUUUUUGAAAAGAAAAAACUAGAGGGACACUGUUUGUGAAAGAAAAUGGAGUAUAUUUUUUUAUGUAAUGACCACUCUGUGUAUUGAAGCUUAUAAUAUGAAUGACUGUGAUAAGGUAUUUAUAGCCUAUUAGCCAUACUGAUAUACGGUUCACAAGCUUGAUAAAGUGAUAUUAGCAGCAUCUGAAUAAGACUACGCAAAUUAUAAAGUUAUUUACAAUUUACAAAUGCAUACUAGUAGAUUUGAAUUCUGACUAUGAUAAAAUGACAAUAUUAGUAAACCACUAAAAUUGGAUUGUUUUUAAUCGCGUUUUAACGAGUUUUUUAUAGUCACUAAUGAAUAUGCAAGUUCAAUCGAAUGUGAAUAUAUACGAAUGUAUUGAAGAGGUACGGGUAUAGGCACACUCAAGGCCGGUGCAGGCCGUUCGCUGUUAGAGUCUAUAGAGGUGAGUCAUAGCUCUUGUCUCGGUUAGUUUAGACUUUAGAGGAGUGGCUUUACAUACUGUUACGUCAAUAUCAUCGGUCACGUUUUUUUUUUUUGGUCAAAAAAAAAAAACGUUUAGCAGCAUGUUUUACUACUAAACUUUGACGACUUUUUAAUAUAGCCUUUAAAAUAUAUGCACUGUCAUAUGAUUUUUUUCGUUCUUUUUAUUCCUUCGAUGACAAAAAUUAAGAAAAGCUUUGUCCCUAUAUGCUUCCAACGUGCAUUAAUAAUGUGUUGGAAAAUACUACUAUUAUUGUGUAAAAAAAAAACUACUAGUAUUGUAUAUCCAACUCAUGUUAAUUAGUUUUUUUGUUUGUUAUCAGAGCACAUAGAUUGUAAGGUGAGAAUAAUAUAAAAAUAACUAUAAAAUAUUGACUGGAUAUUUCAAAAUUAAUUUUUUAUUAAAUUUAAUUUCUUGAAUUUGAAAUAUCUUAUUAGUUUUCUACUAUCAUUCUUAAUUAUAUUAUGUUUUGAGAUAUCCCAUUAUAUCUUUGCAAAUGGAAAUAAAAUUCUUUUUACUAGUUUAAGUAAUCACACAAACUUUUGAAAGAAAAAACUAAGGAGAAAUUAUGUUUUUUUCAAUAUCUAAAAGAACACUAGUUAUAUAGUUACUUUAUUUUUUGACCAAAAAACAAGUUACAUUUAUUUAAUACUAUUUUAUUAGUGGUUACGAACUUACGAUUUUAGUUUUCAUCUUGUCUCUCAUUUUAAUUUAUCCCAAAUCUAUUGAUUACACUUCAUCGCAUAUUCAUUAUUUUCUAAGGUAAAAAAAAAGAAUUUAAACUUUAUUUGAAAACAAGAUUAAAUAACAAACACAGUGUUGGUCCACUGGUUUUGUGGAAAUAAAGAUUAAGCAACCGACUCUUAUAUCUGGUCAUUGGAAAAUUAGUCCGGCUUUAAGAUCCAAAUUACCUUGCGAUCUACAAAUAAAAAGUAAACAAGAUUAAAUAAUUAUCUGUUAUAAAAGUUGAAUAUUUUGAUUGAGAUUUAAUAUUUAUACAAACGAAAAGUUUGUACUUCAAUUAUUUAUAAUAUAAAAUUUUAGUCAUUUCAAUUUUCAUUAUGGCACUUGUCACAUUAAUAACAAUAAUUUAGGUCAAAAAUUUAUUGAUAACUUUUGAUAUAUCGUUUUCCUCUUAUAUGUACAUCCAAUUGAAAGCUAUAUGCCUCUCUGCGUAUGAAACAACAGAGCUAUUUUCGUUCCUCGUAAUAAUACUGUCUACGAGCAUGUGCAUAUGCUUUCCAUUAUACUAGUUACUAGGCACGAUUUCUACAAUAAUUAAGACUAGCAAAGCAUAUUAUAUACAGCAAAGUAACAUCCUAGUUAGUUAUUAAAUUCAACUAAAUAAUUAUCUAUCCCUAAAAAGAUUAUUGUAUGUAAGAUUCUCUAAUAGAAUAAUUAAUCAGAUGUUAAAAAAAAAAUUAUCGUAUUUGUAUUUAUGUUAAAUUUCGGGGAGAUGGUGUUUUACAGAUGGUUCUUGGAAGGAGAAUGAAAUCUUUUCUGGGCAAGGUUGGCUGAGUACUUUAGAAGGUUUUGAUGGGCUGUUGGGAGCAAGGAAUGUCCGGGCUUGUUUAUCUCCUCUACAUGCGGAGAUAGAAGCACUAUUAUGAGCAAUGGAAUGCAUGAGAAACUUACGCCAAUUUCAGGUUACGUUUGCAACGGAUUGUUCUCAGUUGGUGAAGAUGAUUUCGAAACCAGAGGAAUGGCCAGCAUUUACAAGUUAUUUGGAAGAUAUUAAAUCCCUGAAAGAAGGUUUCACACGUUCGGAGAUCAUCUAUGUAUCAAGAACGCAAAAUUCAAGAGCGGAUAGCCUAGCACGCAGUGUUAGGAAACAACCGUCGUUUGUCGUUCACAUGGAUCCAUAUCUACAGGAGUGGUUCACAGAGUCAGUAUGAGUCUGUUGUUGAUGACAAAAAAAAAAGUUAAAACCUUUUUACCAAACUAGUAAAAAAUCUGAAAACAAAAUUAUAAAUAAUUUCUUAAAAUUUCAUGAACUGGUCACACCAGCUUAUAUCAAUUAUCGACUUCAUUUACUUUACUCUGAUUACUAUUUUAUUUUGAAUCUAACUUUUUAUUAUUUUUAUGUAUUAAUUAAAAUCCCGUAAUCAUAAUUUUUUAACUAAAAUAAAUAGUCGAAUGAUGUUUUGAUUAGUGGAGUAAUAAAUGGUACGAAUUAAAUAUACGAUCGUCAUAAAAGGAAAAAAGGGUGAGAAAAAAUGUUUUCAGCAAAUCUUGAAAAACAAAACGAAAUUAAAAGAAAACAUUAAAUUGAAUUAAAAAUCGUUGCGGUGCGUCUUCUCCCUCCUCGCUCUUUGGCAGUAGUACAAUAAACAUUAAAACAGCUUUCUCUCUCCUCUCUCCCAUUACUCCGAUCUGACUCUCUCUCUCAUUGGCCGAGCCUGUUUGAUUCUCGGAAACCCUAAUUCCUCUAAACUUCGAAGCGCUCAAAGCCAGAGCAAAGUCAAAUCUCGCAAACUGUUGAGAAGAUGCUGCUAUGAUUAAAAUGAUGGUGAUGAACGGACGAAACGACGUCGUAGACGAAGAUAACGACGAUUGUUUCUACGAGUCUCUCGACCGCGUUCUCUCUUCCUGCUCUUGCUCAACUUCCAACUCAGACUACGACUCCGACAACCCCAACACCUCCGAUCCGAUCCACGAUCCGACUCCGACUCCGUUUCCUCUCCCCUCCGGCUUCGAGCUGUGGAAAUCGGAGCCCGAAUCUGUUACCGAGAGACGAAUCAGGCUCUUACGCGGUUUGGGACUCAGCGACGAGCCGGAUCUCCGCUUUAAGAGCCGUAGAAAAGGAAUCUGCAGCUCUCAUUUCGCCAGAUCGGUUUCAUCAGACGUCUCGUUCUCGAAUCAUCGCGGCCAAUGCGAGAAUGUCGAUUCUGGUAAGCUUCGACAGUACACCGGAUCUGUAAAUAAGCUUAAUGAUCAUCAUAAGCCGCGUAACGAUGGUAACAAUGUGCCUUUUGGUUUCAUAAGCAAAGAACCGAUAGAAACAGACAUUGUAGAGAAGCAGAGGUUGAAUGGCAGAGAUGUGCAAAUGUGCACCAUUAGGAAUCUUGAUAACGGCAAAGAGUUUGUGGUGAACGAAGUCAGAGAGGACGGAGUGUUGGAGAAGUUGAAGGAGGUAGGCACUGAUCGUCAACUGACUCUGGAGGAGUUUGAGAUGUGUGUUGGGACAUCUCCCAUCGUUCUCGAGCUGAUGAGGAGGCAGAAUGUUGAAGAUGUUGGUAAAGACUCUGUGGAUGUGAGUACUAGUGUAAGUGGAGGAAGCAGAGUAACUAAGCAUAGACGGAGAGGGAGCUGGCUAAAGAGUAUCAAGAACGUUGCUAGUAGUGUGGCAGGGUACAAAGAGAGACGAAGCACCGAUGAUAGAGAUUCACUGUCCGAGCGAGGAGGUCAGAGGUUUAGCUCUGCAACUGAUGAUAGCAGAGACUUGUCCUUUCACGACCCUGAGAGAGUUAAGGUUAGGCAGUAUGGAAAGUCAUGUAAAGAACUCACUGCACUUUUCAAGAGCCAAGAGAUUCAAGCUCAUAAAGGGUCCAUUUGGAGCAUUAAGUUCAGUUUGGAUGGAAGGUAUCUUGCCACUGCUGGAGAGGAUUGUGUUAUUCAGAUUUGGAAAGUUGUUGAAUCGGAAAGAAAGGGGGAGCUAUUGUCGAUGGAUAAACAGCAAGACGAUGUAAGCAUAAAUUUGUUCCUUUUGGCAAAUGGAUCUCCAGAACCAGCUUCAAUGUCUCCAAUGAGAAGAGGAAGAACUUCUUUUAGCAGAAAAUCAGUGAGCUUGGACAAUGUUUUGGUUCCGGAAACAGUCUUUGGUCUUUCAGAGAAACCUGUGUGUUCGUUUGUUGGGCAUUUGGAUGAUGUACUUGAUCUUUCGUGGUCAAAAUCUCAGAACCUGCUUUCCUCUUCUAUGGACAAGACUGUUCGUCUAUGGGAUUUAUCUAGCAAGUCAUGUUUGAAAGUCUUUUCGCAUAGUGACUACGUGACUUGCAUCCAGUUUAAUCCUGUGGAUGACAAUUACUUCAUCAGUGGCUCGUUGGAUGCAAAAGUUCGCAUAUGGAGCAUUCCAGAUCAUCAAGUUGUUGACUGGAAUGAUCUUCAUGAGAUGGUCACAGCUGCCUGCUAUACACCGGAUGGUCAGGGUGCAUUGGUUGGUUCAUACAAGGGGACUUGUUGCUUAUACAAUACACAAGAUAACAAAUUGCAGCAGAGAAAGGAAAUCAAUCUUAAGAACAGGAAAAAGAAAUCCAAUCACAAGAAAAUCACUGGUUUUCAGUUUGUGGCGGGAAGUUCAUCGGAAGUACUUGUCACAUCUGCAGAUUCACGUACACGUGUUGUUGACGGUGUUGACCUUGUUCACAAGUUUAAAGGAUUUCGCAACACAAACAGCCAAAUCUCAGCCUCACUUACAUCAAACGGGAAGUUUCUAGUCUCAGCAAGCGAAGACUCUAAUGUAUAUGUAUGGAACUACGACUCAGACUCUCGUGCCGGAAGAAGCAAACGUGUCACAGUCACAAACUCGUACGAACACUUUUACUGUCGAGACGUCUCUGUGGCCGUACCUUGGCCUGGCAAAAUCAGUAACAACAACAACAGCCCUGACGAGUCACCUAUCACAGCCAAUAACCCUCCAACACCUGUCAACGAUCCAAUCAAUAACAAGACCGUCACUAACGGUAUCAUUUCGAGCGCCACAAACCGAUACUUCUUCGAUAGAAUCUCGGCGACAUGGCCAGAGGAAAAACUUUUGCUGGCUGCAAAGAACCGAGCUAGAACUAGCCCUCGCGUGAGCGUGGACAUGUCUAAUGGACCGGUUAACAGAAAACCGAGUGCUUCGGCUUGGUCUAUGGUGAUUGUGACUGGCGGUUUACGAGGCGAGAUCAGAACAUUUCAGAAUUUUGGAUUACCGGUUCGUCUGUGAAGGCAAGGAAAAAGUUUUUCAUAUCAGCAAGCCUAAGGCAAAGUGAAAUUUUUUUUACUUAGUAAAAACACCUUCUCUAGUCAAUAGUGUAUAGAUUGAGAGAAGGUUGGUUCUUCCAAUAACUCUCUCUUUUCUCACCAUCCUUUUAUUUUUUUAACAUUUGUUCUCUAAAAUUCAUAUCUCUAGCAAAUAUAUAUAUAUAAUUAUUUUAAAAGAAAAUUCA